AUGACAACUAAGUUCGUAUUCGUAACCGGCGGAGUGGUCAGCUCGAUUGGCAAGGGCAUCACCGUUGCGUCUUUGGGGCGUGUGCUGAAAAGCAGGGGCAUCUCCGUGUCGGUCCUGAAGCUCGACCCGUAUCUGAAUGUUGAUCCCGGUACUAUGUCUCCGUAUCAGCACGGCGAAGUCUUCGUUACAUGCGACGGCAGCGAAACGGACCUCGACCUUGGGCAUUACGAACGCUUCAUAGAUGUUGAGUUGACACGCGCUUCAAAUCUCACGGCGGGGCAGAUAUACCAGGACAUCAUCUCGCGUGAGCGGCAGGGCGAGUUCCUCGGCGGCACCAUCCAAGCCAUCCCACAUGUGACUGACGCAAUCAAGCAGCAUAUGCUCAGCCUGGCGGCGAGCAGCGAGGCUGAAGUCAUCAUUGUGGAGGUCGGUGGCACGGUGGGCGACAUUGAAGGCCUACCUUUCCUUGAAGCCAUACGGCAGAUGCGUAAUGAGGUUGGGCGUGACAAUGUGUGCUACAUCCAUCUCACUUUCCUGCCAUUCAUCAUGGCUACCGGCGAACUGAAGACGAAGCCGACUCAGCAUAGCGUUAGGGAACUUCGAAGCAUAGGCAUACAGCCGGAUGUAAUCGUUUGCCGCAGCGACUACGAGGUUGAUGAGGGCAUAAAGCGGAAAAUCAGCAUACACUGCGACGUGCCCCUUUCAGGCGUUAUCACCCUGCCGACAGUGGAUACGGUGUACGAAGUGCCGCUGAUACUCGAGGAUGAGGGGAUGGGCGAGCUUGUCAUUGAGACUUUAAGGAUUGAGAGCGCAAGCCGCGACCUGACAUCCUGGGCGGCGCUCGUCGAGGGCAUCAAGACGCCAAAGCAUACUCUGCCGAUUGCGGUGGUGGGCAAGUAUGUUGACCUGCAGGAUUCGUACAUCUCCGUUAAGGAAGCGCUCUUGCAUGCAGGCGUGUCGCACGAUGUUGACAUUGAUGUGCGCUGGGUGCGCUCCGAGGACAUCGAGCAGCAGGGACCUGAGCGUCUGCUGGACGACGUGCGCGGCAUCGUAGUGCCCGGCGGAUUCGGACAGCGCGGCGUCGAAGGCAUGAUACUCACCGCGGAGUACGCCCGAACACGGAUGGUGCCUUACCUCGGCCUGUGCCUGGGAUUGCAGGUCAUGGUCAUUGAGAUGGCGCGCAACGGGCUUGGCAAGGCAGGCGCGAAUUCUACCGAGUUCAACCCGGUCACAGCAGACCCGGUAAUCGACAUCAUGCCUGAGCAGCGCGUCGUAACCCAGAUGGGCGGGACGAUGCGGCUCGGCGAGUACCCGUGCGAGCUGGAAGCCGACAGCAAGGCGCGCGCGGCAUAUGGCGUGCCUUCGAUAGGGGAGCGCCAUCGGCACCGCUUCGAGUUCAACAACGACUAUCGGGAAGCGUUCGAGUCCGUAGGCUUGUGGCCCACGGGUCUUUCGCCGAACAGGAAGCUCGUGGAGAUCAUGGAGCUUGCCGCCGACAAGCAUCCAUUCAUGCUGGGAGUGCAGUUCCACCCGGAGUUCAGGUCGCGUCCGAACAGGCCGCACCCGCUCUUCAAGGAGUUUGUCACCGCGGCGAAGGACACCCUGCGAGAGGGUGGGCAACACUCUCUGCCGCUAGGCGGGACGAAGCAGGGCAGCGAUGCGAAGAGGACGGGAUGA